AUGGGUUUAUCUUCAUUGCAUGUCUGCAUGGAAUCAUCAGAUCAUUGGUUGCAGGGCACAAUUCACGAGGAUUCAGGAAUGGAUUCUUCAUCACCAUCUGGAGACAUGCUUACAUGCUCAAGGCCACUGAUAGAGAGAAGGCUAAGACCACCUCAUGACCAAGCUCUAAAGUGUCCAAGGUGUGAUUCAACCCACACCAAAUUCUGCUACUACAACAACUACAGUCUCUCUCAGCCAAGGUACUUCUGCAAGACUUGCAGAAGGUACUGGACCAAAGGAGGCACUCUUAGGAACAUCCCUGUUGGUGGAGGUUGCAGAAAGAACAAGAAAGUUUCUACCAAGAAAUCCAAUGACCAAUUACCUAAUAAUCAAAACCAAGCUCAACAACCAGGUCCCUCCUACCAUCACAACCCCAAAGAUCUUCAACUUUCUUUCCCAGAUAUGCAAUUUUCCCACCUCAGUAACUUACUUGGGAGUAAUGCUGGAGCAUUGGGAAACCCUAAUUUCAUGGAUAACAAGUAUAACAUUGGUAUGUUCGAGAACCAUCCUAGGCCUAUUGACUUCAUGGAAAAUAAGUUGGAAGGCAUAAUUGGGAGUAGUUCUAGGAAUUUUGAUUUUUUUGGAAAUAGUGAUAUGGGUAUGGCUGUUGGGUUGGGAGACAUGAAUGGUACUACUCAAAAUGGAAUGUCACCAAAUUUUCACAAUCUUUGUUCUCCUGCAUUUGGUGGCAUGUCCCUUGAUCAUGGUAACAAUAUAAUUAAUAAUGGGGCUUACUUAAUGGACUCUUGCCAGAGGCUAAUGCUGCCAUAUGAUGCUAAGGAGGACCAUAAUGCCUCAAUUGAUGAUGUGAAACCAAACCCUAAACUAUUGUCCCUUGAAUGGCAAGACCAGGGUUGCUCUGAUGCUGGAAAAGAAUCAUUUGGGUAUCUGAACGGUCCAGGAUCAUGGACUGGCAUGAUGAACGGCUAUGGAUCUUCCACAACAAAUCCUUUGGUCUAA